AUGCCGAAGCGCAAUGCUCCAUCAAGUCCGCCACUCACGGCGAGGCCAUCAAAGCAGAGCCGUGCUACUCCGUCGACGAAACCGAGGGGGUCACUUGGGACCUGGGAAUCGCUCUCGCCAUCAACGUGUGAUGCCGUAGCAAUGGUUGAAGCAUUUCUGGGCCAAGAUGACCGCACCGGUGCAUUGUCCUCGUCUGCGACAGCCUUACCUUCUGAGGAGGCAGACAGCGCAUGUCCUCCGACUGCAAUGCCGCGAGGCAAGUUCCGUCCCCUCAGAGGCGUAGACUACACCGAGAGCUUCGUGAGCCAGCUGCGAUCCGAGCUACUCAAGAUUGGCGAAGCAAGUUUUCGAAAGGUGCCGUUGUGGGCGACAUGCCUCGAGAUGCCCACUCGUCAGCGUCUCAUCUUCCGUGACGAGUUCGUCAGUCGGCGCAACACGGUGCAGAUGGACUUUCGAAACCAUCGCCGCGCCAUGCAGAUCCAUCGUGUUGGGCAAGCACAACGAGUACCUUGCGACGGCUGUCAACGAGGCUUCGGGCCAUUUCGAGGCUGUGUCGUCGAUGCGGACGGCGAUGCGCUGAAAGGGGCUUGCGCCAACUGCGCAUUUCGAGAACAUGGGCAUUCUUCGCCGGCGUCUGGCUCUCUUGGUGUUCAGAACGAAUUGCUCUCGAUCGCCCUCAACCCUUUGAGAGCAUCGAGUCUUUCCUUUCAGCGGGUUGGCAUGAGGAGCUGA